AGAAAACUUGCAACGCUGAAAUUCCCAGCGAUAAGAUAUUCCACAACAUUCGGAUAACAGUACUGCCGAACAGCAAAAAAACAGAUGGCCAAGGGCAAUAUUUCCAAGGGCAAGAAAGCCCCGUCAAUACACUCCCGUGCGGCCCGCCGCGCCACCUCCCCGAGCAUCGACACCGACAAGUCGCUAAAGCAUGUGCGGCCGCCACAAGAGUCAGUCGACCGGCGGCCAGCUGUGCUUGCGGCACACCACUCGGGUGGCGUGACAAAGAAGGCCAAGUCCGGGCGCAAAGCCGUCUUGAGCUCGCGGGCCCGGCGGCGGCAAGAGAAGAGCAUGGACCGCGCCGAGGCCGUCAUGGAACGGACGGCACUCAAGGUGCAAAAGAGCAAGGACCACGCCAAGGUUAUCCACUCGCGGAAGAAGACGUGGGACGAAAUCAACAGGGAAGUGUUCCAGCGGGAGGAGCAGCCCAAGCUCAGCAAGAAGGCUUGGGCCAAGAUGCAGGAGGACGCGAUGGUCGCCGCCUUUUAUGCGGACGAGGACGGCGACGCGGAGAUGGAGGGUGCCGAGGUUGCUGCGAAGGAACCGAGCGGUGUGAGCGCUGUCCCUGCGCAGCAAGCAACCCCGCCGGCCCCACCCCCUGACGACGAUGAGGAGGAGGUUCUGUAGCACUGGAUUGACAGGUGGUUGGGCUUCUGUACGCGCUAUUCUCAGGUCUUGAUCGAGCGUUGCCCAGCGCUUGAGGUUACCAGGUACCUUAGCGGCGCCAACCGCGGCUAUCGGAGAGGCGACACAAAGAUCCUCCGAGGGACAAGACUCGGUCAUCAUGGUUUGACAGGCAAAGGGGUCAAAUAAUAGUGGAUUUAGGGCGGCCAUCGCAUGGUAUCUCCCCGACAAGAACCGGGACUCACGGUCGGAAAACCGAGAACCGCACAGCUCUGGGCUACCUCCCACGGCGACCAGGUAUGCACCUUAGCUUUGGUCUCCAGCUUAUAAUUGGCCACUCCAACAGCUUUCUC